AUGCAGGAUUAUGAUUUCUUAGUAGCAACAGCAGCAGAGAGCAGCAGCAGCAGCAGCAGCAGCAGCAGCAGCAGCAGCAAGGGCCCCUCUGGUCAGGAUGCAUUAAUGCUUGCUGCAGUUGCUGCAGCAGUAAAAAAAUCUCCUCCCCUAAAGGGGGCCCCUGCGGAGUCUGUUGAGGGGCCCCCUGGUGCCCCAACCUCUCCUGGGUCUUCCCCGUUAUCGGGGGGCCCCUCUCCCACCCCAGGGGCCCCCACAAGAACCCCUGGGGGCCCCCCAUCCCCUGGGGGCCCCCAAGAGAUAAAAGGAUGUAUAAAUACAGGAAAAGAUGGAGAAAAAGAAGAAAUAGAUGAUAAAAGAAUAAAGGCAGAAAAAAGAAGAGCAUAUAGGGAAAGAAAGAAGAAAAAAAGACAAAUAGGUAUAUUUACGAACAUAAAAAAUAAUAAAAAUAUUUAUUGUUGUGGUCUCCCUCUUUAUUAUAAGGAAGAAGAUGUUUAUAAUUUAUUCAAAAAGGCAGGAGUAUUCAAAUUAGAUCCAGAGACACUAGCCAUCAGUAGUUGCAUGGAUUUUUCUCGUUUUUUUUUCCUUGGUUAUGUAUCUCGUGCUGAUUUUUCUAUAAAACAAAAAGGAGACAAUGAGGUGCCUAUACACCCCAAUAAUAAAACACCAGUUAUGCAACCAGCAGCACUAAGAAAAAGAAGAAAAAUGAUUCUUGCUGCACAACAAGAACAAAGCAGGUUAUUAAGUUGGGAUGGAGACACAGCAGCAGCAGCAAGAAGAGGGAGACAUAAUAUUAUUGUACUUAGGCCUAUGUACUCUCUUAUGCAAGCACAGGAGUACGAAGAAGGAGACACUUUUUAUGAAGAACUUCGUGAAGAAAUUGUCCAAGAAGUCGCAAAAAUUGCUAUGCCAGAUAAAGUUACUGUUAUACCCAGGCAUCCGCAAGGGAUUGUUUGCCUGAAGUUCAAACAACCAGAGGAGGCAGAGGCAGUAAUAGAGAAGAUGAAGGGAAGAAUGUUUGAUGGUCGUAAGUUGGAGGCAUUUUUCUUUGAUGGUACAACAGACUUUAGGGCUAGUUGUCUACCUCCUAAGCAUAAACAGACAGGAGCAGAAGAAGGAAAAGAUUCUUCUGUAGAUAAACCUUCGGGGGCCUCCGGGGCCCCCCUUAAGCCUGCAGAAGAAGAAAACUUAGAUAGGUUUGGGGAGUGGGUAGAAGAACAAAGUAGUGAUGAAGAAUUUGAGGUACAAACAGAAGAAUAA